GUAGUUUGGCGCUGGCCUUGGCCGAUGUUUGGAUACUUGACUUUCAUGUUCAUGUGCACAGAUGAAAAGCCCUGUCUGUAGUUCAAUCUCUGAACCACUGCUUCAGAGUCCGGCAGCUAUCACGAGACAAGCGACCGUAGUUCCACUGACCGAGUCAUGCCUUCACCAACAGGAGUGAAGGUUCCCACGAGAAGAUUUCUUGACCCAGUAAUCGUUCGAACAAAUCUGCUCGAGCUUUUCUGAGGUUCAACCCACAGAAUGCGGUUCAAGAGAUCAUGAGUGAGCUCAAAAUGUCUGAUGGGGUAGUAUAAUAGUCCGGAGGUGGCCUGCAUCCCAAACGGAUGUCUGGAGCUUGCACAUCGUGACCUGCUGAACUGUAACGGAGGAAAACAUGGCAAAGGAUGUGGAGGAGGCAAAGGACUGUCGAACCUCGAUGUCACAGUGCCUUUUUUUUCAAAUACCUUCACCUGGAGUGUCUGCAGUGCCUCAGAUUUUCAUGUCCACAUAGAGCACGUGCUCUCCUCUCUGUGGACAUGAAAAUGGGGAUCGGGGGAUCAAUCAAGCUCAUGCACAGAUCUUUUGCAGAUCCAGCCAUUGUCUUGGUUCAGUCAACUCCCUGUUCGCGGAAAGUACGAUUCCCGUACAUGGAACCACGACUCGGUGGACAGGUCGAUGGAAAAGCCUCAACUCUUUAAGACCUGCACACAAUGUCGUUGCCCAGCACAAGUCAGCACUUCCUCCCGGAGAUCAAAGGGUUGGGAAGAAGGCUGACGAAGAAACGCUCGCGUAGACCAGGAAACUUCGACCGAUCAGACACCAUCAAACACAUCAGAUUCGGUGGUACCAGGAGAGGUGACAGACUCGGCUUACUGUAAGGCGUCAUCGAAGAUCGAUUUGAGUUCGAAGUCAUUGACAAUGGCUUCAGAGAGAAUGGACAGAUACUCGUUCUGAGUAGGAUUUUCCCGGUCACACACUCACUCACUCGACGAAAUUCAUAGAAAUCGCUGAAGAUUGAUUGGGCUGUCCGGUUCAUGGCUCUGAGAUGGACGUCGAUCAGCGGAUUUCGCAUUGCGUUCGCGGGGAUUGUGCUUUUGCUUUGCGCGGCGGCGGCGGCAAUUGACGGAUCGCAAGCGGCGCCGAUCGGAGUGAACUGGGGCGACAUGGCUCGACAGCCUCUGGCGCCGGAGGUGGUGGUGAAGCUGCUGCAGAGCAACAACAUCUCUCGCGUCAAGCUCUUCGACACGAAGGCGCCGAUCCUCGAAGCGCUCUCGGGGACGGGCAUCGAGGUCAUGGUCGGGGCGCCCAACAGCCUGCUACCGGCGCUCGCAGCCCCGGGGGGGAACGGGGAGCAGGCAGCCGCGGACUGGGUGGCUCAGAAUCUGACCAGAUUCCUGCGCCGGGCGGACGGCGGGGUGAAGAUCCGGUACGUGGCCGUGGGCAACGAGCCGUUCUACGGGCCGAACAACGCCACGUACGGCCACCUCUGCCUGCCGGCGCUGCGCAACGUUCAGAAGGCCAUCGGCGCGGCCGGCCUCGGGGGCAAGGUGUUCGCCACCGUGCCCUUCAGCGCCGACGUGCUGGACGAGGCCGGCGCGUCGCCCGACCCGUCGUCGGGGGCGUUCCGGCCCGACAUCGCGGCCGUCAUGCGCGGCAUCGUCGCGUCGUACGUCGAGACGAGCGCUCCGUUCUGCGUCAACCUGUACCCGUUCAUCAACCUCGUGUACUCGACGGGCUUCCCGUCGGACUUCGCCUUCUUCGGCGCCCACAGCUCGAGGGACUCCGUCACGAAUCUGACCUACCACAGCGUCUUCGACGCGAUGUUCGACCGCGUCGUCUCGGCGCUGGCCACAGUCGGCGCCCCGGCGCUGCCCAUCGUCGUCGGCGAGGUCGGCUGGCCCACCGACGGCAACCCCGUCGCCAACGUCUCCAACGCCCAGCGCUUCAACAACGAGCUGCUGGCGCACGUCGCCAACGGGUCCGGCAGCCCCUUGCGCCCCGACGAGCCCUUCGACAUCUUCCUCUUCGGCCUUUUGGACGAGAAUCUCAAGGACCUGCUGGACGGCAUCACGCCCUACGAGCGGCACUGGGGAAUUUUCUUGCACGACGGCACCCCCAAGUAUCCCAUCGACCUCUCCGGCCGUGGCGACUCCGGCUCCUGGCCCAAAGCUGCGGUCGGUGUGAAACACUUGGACCGCAAAUUCUGCGUGCUCAGCCCCAACCUUCAUCCGGAUCCGGUCGUUUUAGGCCAGAAGGUAGAUUUCGCCUGCGCUCAUUCCGACUGCAGUGCUCUGCAAGUCGGUGGUUCUUGCAGCGGCCUCAAUAGCUCGAUGAUCGCUUCCUAUGCCUUCAACAAUUAUUUCCAAUUCAAUUACCAGCAAGCCCAGUUCUGCAAUGUUGACACGCUGGGUAUGGUCGUGACAACCGAUCCCUCCACCGAGCGUUGUAAAUUCCCCCUGGGUCUUGACUACCCUGCUGCCUCCAGUAGAAGCCUCCUGAUCGCCAGGGGAACCAUUUUUUCCGCCCUCUUUCCCUUUCUGUUAUUCCUCGUCCUCUAAUUCCAUUUCAGAUGUUCCGAAUUCAUGUCGGUCUUCGAGCUAUUAUUGCUCCCUCGGGUCAUAGAACGAUGCAUUCGUAGUUGAACUUGGAAGUUUGGGUUUUGCAAGUAACUCUUCGACGGUGUGAAGCGAACCAAUGAACACACUUCACUUCCUUAUUUCGGAUAGACCUCGAUUGUGUGCGCACGGUUUGAGGAAGUCGUUCCGUCCACCAAGAAAGGCUGAACUGCUGCUUGCACACAUCUUACCCAUCUCGGAUGUCUCUUCGUCAAAUGAGUGCCAUCAUUAAAUGGGGUUCCAUUCUUGAGCCGAAAAGUAGUGCCAAAACUUUGAUGUGAAUCUAUUCUUGACCAUCGUUGCCAUCAAGAGGGAGUUUGUGAAGAGCACAGCGUUUACAAAAUGACAGCAUCAUAUGACUAUAUAGAUUGAGGAAUACACGUUCCUCGGGCCUGUGGAGAUGCAAACCAGAAACAUGUUUACAUGAAAAC